AAGCAUCGAAAAUAACCCAACUAUUCCAACCAAACCACUUGGUUUUGUCUGCAAAAACCAUGGGUUUGUCUCCCAAUUUUUUGCUCAAACCGCCUCUAGUUUUCCACCAUUUCCCAUUAUAUAAAAGAACCCAACAUGUCAUUUCUCCAGCCAACUCAAUCAAAACUGACCAAAAAAUCUCAAGAAAAUCUCCAUCUUUAACCUUUUCAAGAAUGAGUGGAGCAGCAGGGAAAGCCUGGAUUGUGGCAGCUACAUUAAUUGGAGCAGUGGAGGCAUUGAGUGACCAAGGAAUAUGUAAAUGGAAUUAUACUAUAAGAUCACUGCAUCAACAUGCCAUGAACAACGUCAGAUCUUUUACUGAGGCCAACAUGAUUUCUUCUCCUUCUUCUUCUUUUUCAGCUGCUGUUUCAAAUAAGUUGAGAGAGGAAAAGAGGAGGAAAGCCGAGGAGAAAAUGAGGAAAGUCAUGGAUUUGAACUGUUGGGGUCCUAAUUCUGUUAGAUUUUAAUCUUAUGAUUCAUAGAAUUUUUUGGCAGAGAAAAAGUAGACCAUCUGAAUUGAUGUAAAUGAAACCUUUUGAAUUUUUUUUUUUUUUUUUUGGUUUUCAUAUUUGGUUUCAAAGAUUGGGCUCCACGCAUGGAAUUUUCAAUCUAAAUUUGGAUUGAAAACAUUUUCUUUUUUCUGACUUUUCUAAUCCGUUGGUUGGAUUUUUUAUAUACAAAUUGAGAGCAACUCUCUCAUUCCAACACUCAAUUCCAAUGUCUCUGCUUUCUACCUUUUUUGAAGAUAUAGCUUGAUUUUAUUAAAAUUAUAUGAUUGUUAAUAAAUUCAUGGUUUCUAAAAUGUGAAUUUAUAUAGCUCUUGAAGGUAGUUAGGACA